AUGUCCUUCACCCCAUAUGAUAUUCUAACUACUGAAUCCGAAUCCGAACCAAAUACAAACACAAGCCUCCUUCUCACAAUCCGCUUCUCAGCCUCGAUCCCAGACCUCUACCUCGACAUCCCAGCCCCCGAAACCACCACAGCCGCAGGCCUCAAGCAAUUAAUUCGCACACAUCUACCCUCCGAUCUCUCCACGCAUCGCCUCCGUCUCAUCUACUCCGGACGCGGUCUCGAAGAUGCCACCGCGCUGAAAAUAUCAUUGAGAUUACCACCGCCACCACCCGCACAGGCUAAUAAAGAUGAGAGCGCAAAGAAGGAUAAGAAGGAUAAGGGCAAGGAGCCAGUCCGUGAACAGCCGCGGGUAUAUAUACACUGCUCGAUCGGGGAUAUCAUCCUCUCAGACACGGACCUAGCGGAAGAAGCGGCUGCCGCAUCGACACUUCUACGGGAGGGGCCAGAUGGUUCUGAUGACGAGUAUGAAGCGAAGCAACAACAGGAAAAGCAGAAACAGCAGGCUUCGACAACAACGCCCGCGCCCCGUGGCUUCGACCGUCUGCUCACAGCGGGCUUCACCGCAGCGGAAGUCACUGCCCUCCGCUCGCAGUUCAUGGCCGUUCAAUCCGUAUCACGCACACCGGAUACGAUGCCUAGUGGUGCGGAGCUCCGCGAGCUUGAGGAUCGAUGGCUAGAUGAAGGGACGACUGCUGGAUCCACUGUGGGGCCUGGGGUUGGCGGCGAUGGCGGUACUGGGGUUGAUGGGGAUGACGAUGGGAGCUUUGGAACUGGCUCGCGAGGAGCUAUUGAUGAUAUGCUCUGGGGUGCGGUUAUGGGAUUCUUUUGGCCUAUGGGGUGUGCGAUGUGGUUGAGGAGGGAGGAGGGGGUUUGGAGUUGGAGGAAGGGGUUGGCAGUGUUUGUGGGGGUGGUUGUUAAUGCUGCAUUUGGGGCUAUGAGGAUUAUGAAUUAA